CGACAAGACUACCUGAAAAAAGAGGAUUACUUCAUGGCAGCGGCCUGCCUAGCUGCUCAAAGAAGCAAAGAUCCAAGUACUCAGGUUGGCGCCGUUAUUGUGAAUGAGACUGAUAAUAAGAUAGUGGGCACUGGUUACAAUGGCAUGCCCGCUGGCCUCGAUGAUCAGUUUCCCUGGAAAAGGGAUGGUGAAGAACCACUGAAAAAAAAAUACAUCUAUGUAACUCACGGUGAGCUGAAUGCCAUCAUGAACAAGAGCUCUGCAGAUGUGAAAGGCUGUACCAUGUACGUGACUCUGUUUCCAUGUAAUGAAUGUGCCAAACUCAUCAUUCAGUCAGGCAUAAGGAAAGUGAUUUACUUGUCAAACAAGUACGAGAAAAGUAACGAAACCCAGGCUGCCAAAAGGAUGUUUGACGAAGCCGAGGUUAAAACUGAGCAGUUCAAGACAACUUGCUCUGAAAUCCUAAUCAAUUUCCAUGAAUGCCUGCAAUAA